AAUAAUUAGGGAAUAGAAAAAGAAAAAAAGGAGAACGCAUGGUUUUGCUCAAAAUAAACAUAGUCAGUGCCACCUCACGUUUGUUCCCCGUUUGGAUCAAUCCGUCAUUGCAACCGCCAGCCGCACCUUGUCUGUCGCCGGAAUCCGCCACAUUCUCUUCGGCAACGGUGAAUAUUUGAUUGGCAAUACUUAUUGGUGAAAUUUUAGAAUAUAAAGAAGCUUCAAUGGCAAAGAAACCAGGACAAAGAUCCAGUAAAUUAUCUGUGUACCUUUACAUUCCUAAUAUAAUAGGAUACAUACGGGUUCUUUUAAACUGUUUUGCCUUCUCCCAAUGUUUAACAAACAAAGCCUUGUUCGCUUUUCUCUAUUUUUUGAGCUUUGUUUGUGAUGCUGUCGAUGGAUGGUGUGCCCGCAAAUUCAAUCAAGUGUCAACCUUUGGGGCUGUGCUGGACAUGGUAACAGACAGAAUUAGCACUGCUUGUCUACUUGUUGUCCUUUCUCAACUGUACCAGCCCGGCCUUAUCUUUUUGUCAUUGCUUUCACUAGACAUUGCCAGCCACUGGCUGCAAAUGUACAGUACUUUCUUGACGGGAAAGGCUAGUCAUAAAGAUGUAAAAGACAGCAGCAACUGGCUUUUCAGGGCAUACUAUGGAAAUCGGAUGUUUAUGGCUUACUGUUGUGUCUCAUGUGAGGUUAUUUACUUAGUCCUGUUUUAUCUUGCGGAGAAUCAAACAGAGAAAUUGGUGGACGUUAUAUCAAAUAAUUUGAAAAAGAUGUCAUUACUUUCUCUCCUAAUUGGUACUAGUUUAUUUGGAUGGGCAGUCAAACAAAUUAUAAAUGUUAUUCAGAUGAAAACAGCAGCUGAUGCGUGCGUGCUUUAUGACAUUGAGAAAAAACAUAAGAACUGAUGUUUCAUCCACGACGAGAAUCCUUGGCCUUCGUCUUCUCGUACCAAGUUAUGUGGUCAAAAUUUAAUAUGAAUUGCCACAGAUGGAAAUUGAGCUUGAAUUGUUCAGUUUUCUACAUUUGUAAUGAAAGAAAUAGAAAAUGCUGAACGAAAUAAUUUACCUUUCCAUGUAACAAAAAGAUUCCGUUGUUCUUUACCCACUGUUAGUUACAAUGCGACGCAAAGAAAUAUCUGUUUAGUUGUAAAAUUUCAAAUCCCUUUAUAGGAGAAGGAAUGGCUGAUUUUGAUUUUA